GUGCAUUCUUCUCCACUGCUGAUGGUUGCAUCACACUACCGUGGCCUACUUUAAAGUUCGUUGCGUGCAGUUCUGUCAUCUUGAAGACCACCUUCUGUGCGUUCAGAGUUGGUUUUUUUUUUGCUUCAGCGAGGCUCGUUCUCAACCGCAAUGGACUCAUUUUCGGCUUUCGCGAAACUUCAUUUCGGCUGGCCUCAAAUGCAUCACUUGUUCGCCCUACUUUGUCUUGUGGCCGUCGUCUAUCAAUUAACAAUCUUGUUCGCUCAAAGAAGAUUCGCGCUUCGAAACGUUGAGGCUUUUCCGGGACCACCUACGCACUGGCUCUUGGGAAACAUGAAGGAGUUCAAACAAGAUGGGAAAGACUUGGUCAUGGUUGUGAAAUGGGGACAGCACCACCCAUAUGCUUUCCCAAUGUGGUUUGGACCCUUUGUUUGUUAUUUUAUCAUUCACCACCCGGAUUAUGUGAAAACGGUAUUCACAUCAACAGAGCCAAAAGAUAAUUUUGCAUACAGUUUCUUUGAGCCUUGGAUUGGUGAAGGUUUAUUGCUGUCAAAAGGUCAGAAGUGGUUUAGACACAGACGGCUCUUGACUCCAGGUUUCCAUUAUGAUGUUUUGAAACCAUACAUAAAUCUGAUGUCAGACUCUACUAACACUAUGCUGGACAAAUGGGAAAGAUAUGCAAACAGCAAUGAGUCCUUUGAAUUGUUUGAACACGUGAGCCUCAUGACACUAGACAGCAUCUUCAAGUGUGCCUUCAGCGACAACAGCAACUGUCAGACUGAGAGUGGAAUAAAGGCAUACAUCAAAGCGGUGUUUGACCUAAAUUACCUCAUUAACCUGAGGCUCCGGACAUUUCCAUACCACAAUGACCUCAUUUUCUACCUCAGCCCACACGGCUUCAGAUUUAGAAAAGCAUGCAGGGUGGCCCACAGACAUACAGAGGAAGUCAUAAGAAAGAGGAGAGAAGAACUAAAGGAGGAGAAUAAGCUGGAUCGCAUACAGACCAAGAGAAACUUGGACUUUCUGGACAUCCUUCUCUUAGCAAGAGAUGAGAAUCAACAAGGUCUGUCAGAUGAAGAUAUACGAGCAGAGGUGGACACCUUCAUGUUUGCGGGCCAUGACACCACAGCCAGUGGCUUGUCUUUCAUCCUCUACUCUCUGGCCUGCAACCCGGAACACCAGAAGCUUUGCAGGGAAGAGAUCAUUCACGCUCUGGAUGGCGAGGACACCUUUGCGUGGGAGCAUCUCAGUAAAAUUCCAUACACUACAAUGUGCAUAAAAGAAUCCCUCCGCCUUUACCCUCCUGUGCCAGGAAUAUCCAGAAUCACCACCAAACCCAUGACCUUUUUUGAUGGAAGGUCUUUGCCAAAAGGUUGUCUUAUUGGAGCAAGUGUGUUUGGGAUUCACAGGAAUGCAGCUGUCUGGGAAAACCCUGAUGAGUUUGACCCACUGCGUUUUCUUCCGGAGAAUGUUUCCAGGAGGUCCCCACAUGCAUUCGUGCCCUUCUCAGCGGGGCCAAGAAACUGCAUUGGUCAGAACUUUGCCAUGAAUGAGCUGAAAGUGGUGAUGGCCCUGACACUGAAGCGAUACCAGCUGAUAGAGGACCCCACUCAGAAACCCAAGUUAAUUGCUAGAACGGUGCUUCGCUCAAUCAAUGGCAUCCACAUCAAGAUCAGACCUGUAGACCCACAUGGGUAAAUGCAAAAAGGGUAAAUGCUCAAACCUGAAUGAAGAACUUUAACACUGAUGGGUAAUAAUGAAAUAGAUAACUCUAAAGUAUUUUAUUUAGUGAGUGAACAUUUUGGGUUAGAAAUUACUUGCUGAAAAAGGAGUUGAUAUUUUUGCACUUAACAUGUGGAAAUAAAGAAUAAGACCUC